UUGGACAGGUUUUUUUAUUGGCAGUCAUUUAGCGGCAUAAGACAUUUAAACACGGACCACAACAAGGAAAACAUUGAGACACUGACACAUGAAUAUAAGCUGCAGUGCCUAGCGAAAAUAUUCAUAUACCUUGAACCUUUUUGCAUAAUGUUACAGCCACAAAUUCUAUUGCAUCUUUUUGGGAUUUUAGAUGACAGACCAUAGUAAAGCAGCCCAUAACUUGUAAGUGUAAGGAAAAUUAUCUAUGGUUUUCAGUUUUUAUGACAACUGAAAAUCUGAAAAGUGUGAUAUGCAUUUGUAGUUAGCUGCCAGUUCUCUACAAGCCAUGUGGGGAACACAGCAAACACGUUGAAGGUGAUCCAUACAGGUGAGACAAAAAGUGGCCUAACCCAUGUAACACAGAGUUUAUGGUGGAAAUCUAACACUAAACAUCACCCUGAACACAUCGUUCUCACGUAACAUGGUAGUGGCAGUAUCAUGAUGUGGGAUUGGUUUUCUUCAGAAGGGAAAGGAAGGCUGGUCAUAUUUGAAGGGAGAGUGUAUUUAGCUACAGGGCAAUCAUGCAAGAAAAGCUGUUAGAGGCUGAAAAACAGACUUCAGAGUGGUGCAGAGAUUCUACUUCCAGCAGCCACCCUAAAUACAUAGCCAGAGCAACAAUGGAAUGGUUCAUAUCUAAGCAUUUUCAUGUAGUAAAAUGGCUUGGUAGAAGUCCAGACUUAAAUCCAUGUCAGAAUCUGUGAGGAAAGUUGAAAAUUUAUGUUCACAGACACUCUCCUUCCAAUGGACAAAUGUCCCAGUCUUUAGAUAAACAAAGCUGGUAGAGACACAUACAUAAACUCGAGCACAUCCCACCUUUCACAUUUUAUUUGUAGAAUCAUUGAGAAUCAUGUUCUUGCCAAGUUUCUGAUGGUCUGACACACAAGUAAGCAAAAUAAAAUAACGUUUGUGGGUGUAAAGGGACAAAAAGGUCAAGGGAUAUUCACACUUUUACAAGGCGCUGUAUAAACCAAGAGGAAACAAGUUUAGUCUGGGAGGAUUUAAAUAUCCUCUGCUUUGGAAAAAAGUUACUGAGCAACUUUCUGUUUUAUUGCGUAAUCCCAUAACACAUGUUCCUUUCUGUCAUCUGUUCAGUCCAACAGCAGUACUUCUUUGGGCUCAGUUUAAUUGUUCCUAGUCAUUAAAUACAAUUGCUAAAUCAGACAAGAGACAAAACAACAUAAAACAACGGCAUUUAGACAGUUUACUGACACAAAUACACAAACAACCUUUAUUGAACAUUUAUUAUAUAUCUGGUGAGCUUGUGUUUUUUAACGAUCUCUCUAACAACUGUGAUGGAAAUUCUUGCAUUAAGUGUUCCAAAGUGUAUGACCUUUAGGUUAUCUCUCUUCUUUGAACAUCUGUGUUGUAAGCUAACAACCAUCAGCAUGUAGCUGAAUAUGGGAUACUUUCAGCUUCUGCUUUGCAAAUAUCCCGGUAUGAACAAUGUGCACAGAGUAUGUGCUAUGGAGAAAGUGUAACUAUAAAAUAAUAGAGCCUUAAAGUGCGUUGCAGCGCUCUGGUCAGCUUAAGGGAUCAUGUUAUGCUACUGCAGAAAGACUGGAAUUGAUAGAUAACAGUCAAGAAGGUGCCUCACAACACAGGGCCACUGAUAUACAGCAACAGUAAGUGGUAAGGACGUGACUUGUGGAGACACACGGCAGUAGGAAGAGCCGUUUGGCCCCUGCUCUGACGCCAUUAGGCUUUAAGAGUCAUAAAUGUUUUGAAAUACUGUGGCUAUGACCCUAAAGAGCUCAGUGAUAUCAGCUUUUUGGUAAUUACAAAAACUACCAGACACCCCUUCAACAUCUGUUUUGGUGUGUGUUCCCAUUUCCAUCUGAACAUGGGCUUUCACAAGUGGACGCUGGGGGGGGGGGAUGCAAAAAGUUGACCGAGCAGUUUUGCCAGUGUCACGUGACGGCUCACUGGUUGUAUAGGUUGUUGAACUUGUGUCAUAGCUUUUGUUAAGAGAUUAACAGAGAACACAGAAUGUGGAGUUAGGCCCUGCCUGACAGAGAGAGUCUCGGUCGUGGUAGAGAACCCACCCACGGGGGCCGACAGUUUCCAAACUUCACUCAGGGUGCCCACCUGCACCGGAAUGCUGCUCCUUCAUCCAACUAACUGAUUCAAGUCUCCUGGGGAUUGGCUCCCAACAGAAAGGGAGAUGUAGCGAUAAGCGUGGAUAAAGGGUAGAAAGAGAGAGAGAACUGGUUCCUGGACUCUUCCAGCCACCCUCCAAUGAAACCGCACCUUUGUCCCAAGAGCACCAUCCACCAACACAGAAAAUGGUUGGGAAGUCCCUGAUUGCUGGUCUGGUGGUCCUUCUGGUGGCUGCGGUAAGCCUGUUUUUGGGGGUCUUCAUGGGAUUAGGGAGGAAAAACAUGCCUCCCCCUUCAGACCACUUCUACUCAAAGGCUGCCGUGGCUGCUGAUGCUGGAAGGUGCUCAGAAGUGGGGAGGGACAUUUUGAAGAGAAAUGGCUCAGCUGUAGAUGCUUCCAUUGCUGCCCUGCUAUGUGUCGGCCUUUUGAAUGCUCACAGCAUGGGCAUCGGAGGAGGGCUCUACUUUAUAAUAUAUAAUGCUUCCACUGGGAAGGUGGAAACAAUAGAUGCAAGGGAGACAGCGCCAAUGAACGCCACUGAAGACAUGUUUGGCAACAACACUAAGCUUUCUCGUACAGGUGGAUUAUCCAUAGCAAUCCCAGGGGAGAUCCGAGGUUACGAGAUGGCACACAAACGGCAUGGCAGGCUUCCCUGGAAGGAGCUGUUUGAGCCCAGCAUCACUCUGGCUCGUGACGGUUUUCCAAUCGGAAAGGCUCUGGCUCAUGCUAUCUUCAAGAGCAAAGAGUCCAUUCAAGGAGAUGCCAACAUGUGUGAGGUGUUUUGUGACUCUCAAAAGAGAAUCCUAAAAGAAAAUGAUAUUGUUAGAUUCCCAAAGCUGGCUGACACAUAUCAGAAAAUAGCAGAAGAGGGCCCUGAUGUGUUUUAUAACGGGACCAUGGCACAGAGCAUCGUCGAGGACAUCCAGGCGGCAGGUGGCAUAAUCACUCUGGAUGACUUGUUGGAGUACCAGCCUGUGCUGAACGAGAACCCUCUGAAGCUGAAUGUUGGGGAAUACACCAUACACGUUCCAGACGCCCCCUCCAGCGGGCCUGUGCUGGCACUUAUUCUCAAUAUAGUGGAUGGGUACAACUUUACAGACACAAGUGUCUCUACGGCCGAGAAAAAAACUCUAACUUACCAUCGCAUCGUAGAAGCGUUCCGUUUCGCUUAUGCCAAGAGAAGCAGACUGGGCGACCCACGGUACCUUAACAUUACUGAUCUGAUCCAUAACAUGACCUCAGACUACUUUGCUGACGGCAUAAGGAGUAAAAUUACUGAUGACACUACACACCCGGAUAACUACUAUGAGCCUGAGUAUUUUGUUCCGGAAAACCACGGCACAGCUCACCUGUCUGUCAUAGCGGAGGAUGGAAGUGCCGUCGCUGCUACCAGUACCAUAAAUCUAUACUUUGGGUCUAAAGUCAUGUCUCGGUCCACUGGGAUCAUUUUCAAUGAUGAAAUGGAUGACUUCAGCUCUCCUUACAUGGCCAAUGGAUUUGGAAUUCCACCAUCACCCAACAACUUCAUACAGCCAGGAAAACGCCCUCUGUCUUCCAUGUGUCCCACAAUCAUCUUUGACAAAGACAACAGAGUCAAAAUGGUUGUAGGAGCAUCUGGGGGAACAAAAAUCACCACAGCUACUGCCUUAGUUAUCCUGAAUUCCCUUUUCUUCAACUACGACCUAAAGAAAGCUGUAAUGGAGCCACGGGUUCACAAUCAGCUCAAUCCUAACAUGACGGUGGUGGAGCAAGGCUUUGAAAAGAGUGUUCGGGAGGGGCUGGAACAGAAGAACCAUGUAACGCAAACACUGAGGACUCCAGACUCUGUGGUCCAGGCUGUGGUUUGGCAGGGAGAGCGUCUCUGCGCUGAGUCCGAUCCCCGGAAAGGAGGCUAUCCAGCUGGAUACUGAGCCUCCCAUCUGGUUCUCCUCUGGUCUCCUUCAGGGAAGUUUCCGCUGACACUGACAGAACCACAAAGGAAACUGCACCAAGGAAUCAAGCUAUGUUUACACUACAGGGGCACUGCCACCACGUCUCUUCUUCUACUGAUGCAUGGGGACUGACUCAAUUUUAUGACCCUCCUUUAAAUCAUUUUAGUGUUUCAAAGAAAAGUAAGAAGUUGUGCUUAAUAUAACUCUUGGAUGCUCAUCCAGAAGCAAUUUCAAGAAGCCAAAGGUAGCAACUGGAUCCGUUUUCAGUAUGACAUUCAGUCAUUAAUAAUGCAGUAUUUAAAAUGAACUAAGAACACAGCAUCUGACAAAUAAAUGUUCUCUGGUUUCAAGAACCCUCUCAGUAAGUUGUCCAUGUGGUUUUGUAACCUCUUUUGUAAUGAAACGCUACUGUAACCUCUGACACAUUGUCUGAAAAAGACGGUCUCCUUUCAUGUUGAAUAGGAAAAAAGCUGCAGGGCUAGCAGGUAUGAUUAAUCCAGAGCCAGGACAUCUCAGGUUGUUUGCCUGUUUGAACAAAAUUGCAUCCUUCUGCUGUUAGUUAAUCCCACUGGAAGCUCAAAAUGUGGUUUUCUACUGCGACUCAACAGUGAAGCUAAUAUUUGUUGAUGUUUAAUAUCGAGUAGAGGUUAAGUGAAUGUAUAGCAUCUUCCAAAAUAAGAAAACAUGUGCAGAUAUAUUUUUCUAAACAUGCAUUGUUCUUAUGCUAUGUUUUGUUGCCAUGCUUGUUAUUAAACAUUUUGAAACAGA